AUGGCGCCGUCGGGGACCUUUGUUACGACUGUACACCCUUUCGAAUCUCCAACAGCGCACGCCUGUGCUUAUGAGAUCGGCCUCCCCAACGCAAGAAACGCUUUGGUCUUUAUCGGUGGGCUCGGCGAUGGUCCUCAUACAGUACCAUACCCGCGGGCGAUAGCUAAGCGUCUAGAAACAGAACCCGACCUAAGCUAUUCUGUCUUCGAAUUUAGGUUGUCUAGCUCUUUUACAGGCUUCGGAUUCGGCCGUCUAGCUAACGAUGUAGCCGAUAUAUCGGCCAUAGUCAAGUAUCUACGAAGCAUAGGAAAGCAGCAUAUAGUCUUAUUAGGACAUUCCACCGGAAGCCAGGAUUGUAUGGAAUAUACUUCGCCAUCCCAUAACGCCCCGCCGGUUGAAGGGUAUAUACUUCAGGCACCAGUAUCUGAUCGCGGCGCAAUAGCGUCAGAGAUAGGCGGAUCCAAACUAGAUGAAAGUCUCAAGAUUGCCAAAGAGCUCAUCACCUCUGGCAGAGGUCAUGAGCGUAUGCUACCGGAAAAUCUCUCAAAAUCUUUCUACGAUACACCGAUAUCUGCGUCACGGUGGUACGCGCUUGGAGCAGUAGAUGGCGAAGACAAUUACUUUGACCCCGAACUCCCGGAUGAAGUCAUUGAGCCUUAUUGGAAACGAGUAGACAAGCCAAUCCUUAUACUUCAUUCCGGGAACGAUGAAUAUGUACCUAGUUCUAUCGAUAAAGAUGCGCUGGUUAAGCGUUGGGGUACACUUUGCCGGCCAGGUAUCGCGACAGGAAAGUCCUGGCGGGGAUGCGGUUCGCACAUUCCGUCCGCUCUUGCGGGGGUCCCGGAGAAGCAGUGGUGCACCUGCCAGCCGCGAGUUACGGUUGACGGAAAGCCGUACCCUCCGGCUGCGAAGAUGGCCCUUCCCGGCCUUUCUUGGCUUGGUAGUUUGUUCGGAAGCGGAGGUGGGCAGGCUACGGGAAAUAAGGAUAUAAAGAAUAACAAGGGGGAGCUUUGA